GGCCGAAGCACGGCUGAUCGCCAUCACUCCGGCAGUGGGUAAUGCAAUCUUAUGAGCUAUACCCGCUCUGAGCGGUGAACAGCUCCGCGCGAAAGAGGACUUCGUGCCAUAUCCAGGUCAUUAGUGGGAAGGGCAACAAGCAACAGGAGGCCUUCUUCAACAUGGCUGCCAUGGCGAUUGAUGCAGAAGCAAAUGGAGCGAAUGUGGAGAACACUGAGAGUGAGAUUGUUUUUGAUAUCUCAGGCAGGAAGCGGGAGUUCUUGACGAAGGAGAUGGCUGAGGAGUUACUUAAACCACUGCUGACCCCAGGGGCAAAGUUCACGAAGGUCCGUCUUAGCGGCACUAGUAUUGGGCGAGAUGCUGCUCCUGUGGUUGUCAAGGCCUUGUUUGCAAUCAGGGAUGCAUUGAAGGAUGCACUUCUGAGCGACAUUAUUGCAGGGCGACCGACAGCACUUGAGCAUCUGUACUUCUGCAAUGAUGGGAUUUCAGUUGGAGCCGCAAAAGCCAUAGCGGAGUACUUCCCUUCGGCACCUGAGCUUCGUACGCUCCAUUUUUACAAUAACAUGACUGGGGAUGAUGGGGCUAUUGCUCUGUUUGAUCUCAUAAAUCAGGCGACAAAGCUAGAAGAUUUCCGGUUCUCCUCGACGAGGGUUGGGGAAGAUGGUGGAAAUUCUCUUGCCAAAGCCCUGGAGAGUGGUACAAGCCUUCGGAAAAUUGACGUGCGGGAUAAUAUCUUUGGGCCGGAGUUUGGAAAUGCUAUGCAGCCUGUGCUAUUGCGGCACAAGAACCUAACGGAAUUGUACUUGAGUGACACAGGUUUGGCAGAUGAGGGUGCUGGUGCAGUUUUGGAAGCCUUAACGAGUAGCUGUGACGACUUAUCAGUUCUUGACUUAGCAAGCAAUGAAAUAACGAAAGCGUCGGCCCCAGCCAUUGCGGAAUGCAUUGCAUCGAAACCAAAGCUAACUAGAUUGCUUCUGUCAGAAAAUGAGUUCGAGGACCGCGGUGUCGUGCAGUUGGUGACUGGAAUUUCUUCAAAGCAUACGCUCUUAUCUGAGGUGGAUUUGGGAAGCAACUGCAUGGGAAGAAUCGGCGCCGUCGCAGCUGCGAAGGCAGUUGCUAACUUGACAAGCCUUCGUCUUCUUCAGCUGAAUGGCAACCAUAUCUCAGAAACCGGUAUUGAAAUCAUAAAGGAGACCCUCUCAUCAGGAGCGGCAGGGCUUAAGGUGCUGGGUGCGCUGGAUGAUAACGAAGAGGAAGAGGAAGAGGAAGAGGAAGAGGAGGAGGAAGAGGAAGAGGAGGUAGAAGAGGAGACGGAGAAAGGGGAGGAGGUAGGGCCAGAGGAGGGGGAAGAGGACGAGAGUAAGGGGAAAGAGGAGAAGGAAGAGGAGGCGGGAAAACAGGCGUCUAUGGAGAAGGUUGCAGAUAAUCUUGCUGAUGCACUGGGCAAACUCUCUGUGUGAUGACAGAGAACAGUGUGAUUGGAUGUGGCCGUAACUGUGGUCCAUAUAUAGGAUUAAGGAGAGCACCGCACGGAUAGAUGUUAGGGAGUGUGAGCAGGGCAUAUAGAUAGGGCAGCCAGCAAGGCAACCAAGAGUGUUGGCGACCUCUCUGCCUAUGUCGCUGGGAGUGUCCUCAAGAGAGAGACAGGAGUUUUGUUUUUCGAUUUGUGAGAUGCAUCUGGUACUAUUUUGUUGUUUGGCUUUUUGAGACUCGUCAUUGAUUGAUAGGCAAUGCUCUCGAAGGUUAUUUCUGCCCUGUGCCACACACUCGGUGCAGAACUUUCCAAUUGCGUUAGAGUCUUGGAGAAGGCUUCUGAGGGUAGAUUUACGCAGAGGGUAGAUUUACGGCAGUUGUGCGGUGCAGGUCGUCUUUGUGUUUGUGCAGUGGUAGUGGGCAGGGCAAGUGGGGAGUGAGGUUGUGGGUGCCAUCACUGCCAUGGUGAAACAGAAAUUGUGAGGUGGCUGCCAUGGUCGAACCGCUAGGGAGAGAGUGGGAGUGGGGAUGGGUGCAUGGUGAAAGCAAGGUCGAUGACGGCAGGGAUUCUAUAAAAGUAUGUCCUUAGAGGGUUUGUUAUUCCUGGGGGGAUUGAGAAUGUUAGGUACAACGUCUGCGGAGUGAAUCGAAUUAGGAAACUCAAAGCGCAAUCUUGGCUGGCGGACUGAAUGUUAAUCACCGAUUUGGUCAGUUCACAUCUCUUCGCUCACAGAAUUGAGGCACCAGCUCUCACAUGCACGCGCAUGUCCAGGGGAAGAUCCACCACGAAGAGGUGGCUUUUUUUUCCGUAGUUUCUUCUGCUACUUUUCAGGAGCUCAUUGAAUGUGAAUGGGGAGAAAAAUAGACAGAAAUGGGUAUCGGCCAGAGAUGACUUCAGCUAUGAACCGCGAUUCAUCGCAAAGGACAGCGGCGAAAGUGUCAAAGAGCGGCAGCGAUGGGAAGGAAACACAUUCGACAGAGGGAAAGUGGGGUGGGGGUUGAUGGGGUGAGAGGAGAGAUGAUUCAUUAGUCUGUGGUUUUGUCUUCAGUAUUGUCUUCAGGGAAUAUAGAUGGGAGAGAGAGUUUAGUAAACACUGGGGACCACAUGCACACGGCACGCACACACACACACACACACACACACACACACACACACACACACACACACACACACACACACACCCACACACACACACACACACACACGGACAGAUUUGUUGUUUUUGUACGGACGCGUGGUUGAUUACUUACUUCGAGAGUCUUCAUGGAUUAUGGAACGGUCGUCAAUGUCGUACGUAUGCACGGAUGGACUGUUGUUCCGAGUUGAUGUGUUUCAUGCUUGGAUUGCAAUGCUGGGAUUAUUCGUCAAUGUCCUGUCCAUCAGCAAUGGAGUAUGACGAGUUCAUCGAUGCACUUUACGCCAAGACACC